AUGUUACAUCAUGUACCACGUACGACGCACGCAACCCUCCUCUACUCCUUGCCCGCCUCCCCACCCUCUUCCUCGCCAUCCCUUCCUCGCGCUCAACGGAUACGCCCUCUCCGCGCCCGGACAACAUCACCCCGAACUCACCUUCCUCUGUCUUCCCCCGUCGUCCGCCCCUCUCCACUCCACCAUCCCCAAACUCCUCCUUCUCCAUCCCACCCCAAUCAUUCCACUCGCCUCGAGCACACGCACCCCCUUCGCCCCCACCUGCCACUUCGCACUCCAUUCCCUAGCCCCCUCUCUGACAUCUGCACAGUGCACCGCAUAACGGUGUAA